AUGUGUUAUACGCCACCAAUGCGAAACAUAAUACAAAAUUUACGCGGUCCGGAUAAUUCUGUUGUUGAAAUCGACGAUAACAUGAGAUGGCCGUUGGAGGAGAGAUGGAGAGAGAAGAGCAAUCGAUAUGUGCUGUUGAAGUUGCCUAGUUGCGCUACUGCUUUUGCCUCUCCUGCACCUCCACUUCAUGUCGUGUGCAAGCGAAAAAAGAACAGGAGUCUGCAGAAACUGGUGAAAAUUCUGCAGAAUCUGAUAGUAUCUCAUGCAUUUUAUAAGGCUGUUACAGCGUCUUAUGUUUUGGGGGAAGAGGCUACUUAA